AUGAAGGAUCUUGGUUCUCUCAGCUAUUUUCUUGGUCUCGAGGUCAUCUCCACAGAUGAUGGCAUUUAUCUCUCUCAGGCUAAGUAUGCUUCAGAUCUCCUUGCUCGCGCUGGGAUUACAGAUAGUCGCACCGAAUCUACUCCUCUUGAGCCUAAUGUUCGAUUUACUCCUAUGGAUGGCACUGUUUUGGAUAAUCCGACACUUUAUCGCCAGUUAGUUGGCGGUCUCGUCUACUUGACUGUCACCCGACCAGACAUUGCCUAUCCAGUUCAUGUUCUCAGCCAGUUCUUGUCUGCUCCCCGUACUACUCACUAUGCGGCAGUUCUUCGCAUUCUUCGGUAUGUCAAAGGCACUCUUUUUCAUGGCCUUUAUUUUUCUGCCCAUUCCUCUUUGACCCUUCAGGCAUACUCUGAUGCUGAUUGGGCUGGUGAUCCCACUGAUCGUCGUUCUACUACUGGUUAUUGUUUGUUUCUUGGCGACGCUCUCAUCUCUUGGCGUGCUAAGAAGCAAACGUUCACUGCUCGCUCAAGCACAGAAGCUGAGUACCGUGCCCUUGCUGACACCACUGCGGAGGUUAUCUCGGUUCGUUGGCUUCUCGAAGAUCUGGGUGCUCCUCAGUCGUCCCCCACUGAUGUCUUUUGUGAUAACCGCAGUGCUAUUCAGAUUGCCCAUAAUGAUGUGUUUCAUGAACGCUUGAUGUCUUUUGCGAUAACCGCAGUGCUAUUCAGAUUGCCCAUAAUGAUGUGUUUCAUGAACGCACCAAACACAUUGAGAUUGAUUGUCAUUUUGUUCGGCAACGAAUCUUUAUUGAUGCUGUUCGUCUCAUUGCUGUUGGGACACUGGAUCAGACUGCUGAUAUCUUCACGAAAGCUCAUCACCCGACUCGCUUUCGGAUUUUGUUAUCCAAACUCAAGUUGGUAUCAUUAG